GAUCUGCAUGCGCACGGGAUAUAAAAGUUGUGCUCAACUACGUAUUCGUAGAGUAUAUCCAUAUUUAGAUGAUAGAAUGAAUUCAACGCAUAGAGAUGUCAUUACUGAAACUUCUUACUUUUCUUUACAUAUUGGGAUAUGGAAGUUUUGCAGAAUCAGAAAACAUAGACGGAUCACCAUCGACGUCAGAACGAUCUGUCACAGAAUGUGCGCAAUUUGAAACGUCCAUGAAAAUAAAUGGACGAUUGCACUGCGUUUGUGAUGAGGAUAAUGGAGAAAUAUGUGAAGAUGAAAUGAUUUGUGAAAUGAGAAAUGGAACCAAAAGCUGCGAAUGCCCCCAAGGAUAUGAAAAGCAUUAUGGAAAAUGUUUCGAUGUAAAUGAAUGUUUGAACGACAGACACGAUUGUCCGGAUGAACGCGCAUGCGAAAAUUUACCCGGAAGCUUCAACUGCAUUUGUCCCAGUCAUUAUUACGGUAAUGAGACCUUUUGCUAUGAAGAUAUAUUUGAAUGUACACAGGAGGAUAGAGACUGCAUCAACUUUUUAGAUUGUCUGAGUACGAAAGCUGUGUUAGCAUUUCCACAGUACAACGAGAUUGAAUGUGUUUGCAGCGGCCUUGAUGCUUGCAAUGAAACGGCAAUGUUAUGCUAUUUUGGUUGCAAGUGCUACAGUGCAAAUGAGGUGAAACAUAUGUCAAUUGAAUCAUGUGCAUCUCGACAGUCAUGUGCUCUAUUCGUUCAGGAUUUUUGCUAUAAUGCCGUGGGAUCUAUGCAAUUUAUCUUGACACGUUCGAGCGGGAAAAUGAACAUAUCUUCAUAUUUGCAUUUUGUAAUCGCAUUUCUCACUGUUCUCACUCUUCGUAUCAAUAUUUACUCCUGUAAUCUUGUGUUAAUGAAACUUGAAUCGUCAGCUGUCUAUGUUAUUUUACAAUACGUUUCUCACGUCGUUUCGAGUCAGAAAUGCAAAACAUCUAGAGAUUGUCCGGAUUUUGCAUACUGCUCUAUGAAAGUCUGCAACUGCAACAGCGGAUUUAUCAAACAAGAUCAUCAAUGUGUUGACAUUAACGACUGUGACGUACGAAACACUUGCAGCGUAAACGCAGCCUGUGAAAAUCAUCCUGGAGGACAUUCAUGUCGAUGCCUUGAAGGAUACAUGGGAGACGGUAGGGAAUGCAUUGACGUUGAUGAAUGUAACGACAUUGGCAGUGUGUGUCAACAAAUAGAAACUUGUCAGAAUGAACAAGGCAGCUAUAAGUGUUUCUGCAACGGUAAAGUUUGUCACGGGUCAGCAUACUGCUUGAACGAAAGGGGGAAAAUCGGCUGCGUUUGCGGAAUCGGGUUUGCUGGUGACGGACAGUAUUGCCAAGAUGUUAAUGAGUGCUUUGAAGGGACACAUAAUUGUACAAAAGAAACUAUAUGCAAGAAUACGCAUGGCAGUUUUACGUGUAAUAGUGCCGCUCCGAGUAUUGCACAUAACCUAUCAAAUAUCGUUGUGUUGUUUAUAUUGACUCUAUGGUGUUCAAAUAAUAUUCUUUGAAGUGUUUAGUUUUCAUUCAUUUUCCCGUAAAUGUUCUCAGUGUUGUCAUGACUUUUUCUUUUUAAUUUUUCAGCUUUUAUAUAGAUAUAUAUUACAUGCACAUAUUGAUGUGAACCAAAUACAAAUAUUCAAUAAAAACCUAAAAAUGA